CAGACUGAACUGGAGGGCGGGACCAGCUGCAGCUAGUUGCCUUGGAAAUGGCUGCCGCUACUCCGCUACCACUGGCUGGGCAACUCUGCAAAGAGGCUAGCUCUGUUGGGUAGCCCAGACAUCUCAGUGGCUGAGGCGCCAUCCUUUCUCCUGCAGGGCCCAAGAGACGAGACAGCUAUUCACAACUCCUGGGCAUCCAUCCUCUGCCCAUCUACAAAGUCCAGUCUAAACUAGAGGUCCAGAACAACUGGAUCUGAGAGGCCUGUGAACAGAUAGAGCUCAACCCUACCCAGGACCACAGAAAGCACCUGUUGCAAAGGCUGGGCUUGAAAGAAAGGUGAAGGCCAGUUUCUGAGCUCUGUUCCUACCCUGAGACAAGGAAGACAGUGCCGAGGAACGUUUCUUUGGGGGUUUCUUCAGAUUAGGCUGGUUUUGUUCCCAGAAAGCCCAAGCAUUUUUUAUUUGGAAAUCCAAUUGUUGUCAGACAUGGCUAGCAUGCUUUCUCAAAUGGGUAACAGUAGGCGGUAGAAUGCAGCUUUUUUUGCCCCUGGCCCAUUCCAUGCUGAGGUCGCUGGGAGGAAUCUUGUUACUUUCAUAGCCAACAUGGCAGAGAGAAACAUGAAGUAGUUCUUUGGGAGGGCAUAGACAGCCCAGGGGGAAGAAACCUUUGAGAACUAGCUAAGCCAAGUCCACAGGGUCCUACCAGAUUGGCAUAUGCCUGAGGAGGAAAAGCUUAGAUGGCUGAUGAGAAGCUAUAGGGGCCCUGCCUGAGAGGUCAUGCGUUUGCUCCAGGAUGCCAAUCCUAAUCUAAAGGUGGCAGAAUAUUUUUGGGCAAUGAAGUUGGUGUUUGGAGAGUCUAACAGCACAUGGUAAUUUUUAAAAAAAACCCUGCAGGCACAGGGAGAGAAACCAUUCCUGUGUGUGAUCCCUUUAGAGAUGCAGCUACAGCAUGCUAUUCAGGCUGGGGUCCUGGCUGAGAGUGAAGCAAACAGGACUGGCUUGCAUCAGCUCCUUGUAGGGGCUAAGCUCAGUAGGGACCUUUGCAUCAAGCUUAAGGGUCUUCUCCAAAUGCAUGUACAUAAUGAGCAGGAUGGCCUUCCUGAUUUCCUGGAGUUAAUCAGAAGGGUAAGGGAGAAAGAAGACUGGCAUGACACUUUUCUUAAAAAUAAGUUGCCCAGAAAAUCUGAGACAAUAAUGGAGAGGUCACCCAGCCCUGUAAUAUUUCAGGGCCUCCUGCCCUAAAUGACAACCAGUGCUGACUGCAAUGUGAUAGAAAUAGAUGAUUCACAGGAUGACUCAGAUGAAGAUGUGAUCCUGGUGGAGUCUGAGGACCCCUCACUCUCAUUCUCAUGAGCCCCAACUCUCAAAGGCAGAGCCACUACUCAGGAUCAAAUGCUAGUUAUUGAAUCUCCCAACAAUUUUGAUGAGUCUCCUUCCACUAGCAGUGGUUCUGGGCAAAGGAAUAAUGGGCCAGGGGAUCUUCAGAAAACCAGAAAGCAAAAGUACCUAAUCUGCUGUCACCACUGUGGUGAAGAGGGCCAUGCAAAAGAAACUUGUGACAAUACCAGCAACAAGGCCCAGGUGUUUGAGAAUCUGGUAGUCACUCUGCAGGUGGUGACUCAUGGAGAGAUCAAAAUCCUUUGCACCAUACUAAGGUGGGAGACUCAGCCCCAGGUCAAUGUUUAACUCCUCUUAGAAGCAGAAUCUGGAAAAAUAAAAAAAUAAAAAAACUAACUGAAGGAAUUCAUUCAAAACCAGUUUUCUUUGGAGAAGGAAAAGCAGACUCAGACUCAUAUACCACAUAACAGAGAGGGAUGGUCUCACAUAAUUCCUUGCUCAUUCCACUGACUGCUUAAUGGUUGUUUCUCUGUGUGUGCGUCUUUCUGUACUGAUUUUAAUCUCUCCAUGAAGUGUUUUUUUUUUUAACGUUCCAAAUGAAAUUUAAAAAACGAAAACAUUAAAGUACACGUGAAAAUCUCACCCUGAUACAAUCACUGUCAGCUCUUUGGUGAAUGUCCUUCUGUAUAUUUCUCUGUACCUGUGUGCCCAAAAAGAUAAUUGCUGUUCUAUACUAUGCAUUUUUUCAACAGGUAGUAUAUAUUGUGGUCUUCUAUAUAAAUGAAUCUAAUUUAAUGUCAUGCAUACUAUAUCUUUGGGGAAGAUAAAUAAAACCAGAAACUAAAUUGUAACAGCUAUAGUAGGGGAGUUUUACUUAAAGGUAAAAAGGGAUGCUAAAUGAACUAAAAAUCUCUUUAAAGCCUCUUAUAACAACUGGCCAUCCUCUCAGUUUACAGAACCAUCUGUACCAACUAGUUAAUGUCUCACUGUCCUCAAAUAUUUCUUGAGAAAUCUGCCCAUGGGCCAAAAAGGAGCUAUCCCUGUCUGUUUCUGCCUCACCUUCGGCCUGAGAUCAGAGGCUGAAGAUGACUUCUGAUAUCUGUCUUUGGGCAUCUUUCUUGUGGGUGGUACAUUAAGCUUUAUACUUAAAAGACUGAUAGGGAAUGAUUGCAUAUAAAACUGACAGGAGAAUGUGAUGAAUGCUGACCUAAAGAUCUGAUGCAUUUGUAAAAGACUUAUUUUUAUUUGAAGUGUAGGACCUUUUGCUUGCAUGUAUUAUAUGAGCUGACAGAGGCUAGAAGUCUGUGUUAGAUUCCCUGUAACUGGAGUUUGUAAGCCACCAUAUAGAUAAGUACUGUGAACUAAACCUAGGGCUUUGAGGGUAAAAAGUGCUCUCAACUGCUGAGAUGUCUCUGCAGACAUUCUAUGAAUCAUUUUACCCCAAUAUAACAGGGUAUACACUGGUCUGAGAGGAGAGUGUACAGCAGAGGCUGCUGCUGUAUCUGGAAGAGAAAUUAAGGCCAGGUGGUACAUGCAAGCUAUGUAGCCUAAUUUCUCUGCGAUGCUGCACUCACAGCUUCCCUUAGAGAGCUUUUCCUAGAAUCACCCUACUUGACUUUGCUUGGUCCUAGCUUCUUGUCCUGUUCCAUCCCUCCCCACACAAUACCAUUUUGCACCGCUUUUUGCACAGGCCACACUCAUUUCUUGGUAAUGGGAGCAACCUUCUGUGCUCUGCCCAGCACUUCAUGUUAUCCUAAAGUCUCAGGGCCUCCUUCACCUUCCAGGCCUUGGAGGAGAACUUGCCAAGGACAUAGUUUCAAGGGGGCCAUUUCUCACAUCCUUUGGAAUAAUUCUGGGCUCCUGGCAGUCACUUCCAUAUCAAAGGAGCCAAGGUGGGGGGUCCCCUACUUCUCUCUGCAUAGGACAAAUCAUCAGGCCUACAGAGCCACGGGGUCCUGAGACUUCUUUCAAGUUUAUAGCUCUUUCCUCAUCUCUAUCGCUUUCAAAUCUAUCCUGAUUCCCAGAUUAUAAAAUAGAUUCUGCCUUGGCUACUUACAUUUUGUCUUACUCUAUGUUCCUGAGUGAGUUCCCCAGGUUUACAGUUUCACUCAGAAAGCAGGUAUUUAUGAGAAUAUAUGCUAUAUCACCAUUGCCAAAAACAAUGCACUUCUGUUUCAGUUUGUGGGGACACUGAAUUUAUUCAAGGAAUAUGUACAAACUGGGUGUAGUGGAGCACACCUUUAAGCCCAGCACUUGGGAGGCAAAUGCAGGUCUCCAUGAGUUUGAGACAAGCCUAGUCUACAGCCUGGAACUCCAGGACAACCACAGCUUUACAGAGAAACCCUGUCUCAAAUUAAUAAAAACUUUUUUUAAAUGUACCUUCUCUAACAGAAAGAUAGCAAGAGGAGAAAAGCUGGCAUUUUGUCUUCAUUUUCUUUGUCCCUGCUUACCUCUGCACAUAGGCAUGUUAACCACUCAAGGAGUGCCUCCAUGUAUUCACUCCUCUUCAAGGCUGAAUGUAUAGAGAAAAUCCAGUGUCCUAAACCUAUGAUCACCAUGGAUUCUUGGAACAGCAGAAUCUCACAUGAAAGAUAUUCCUUCUGAUGAGAGCAAGUCUCUAUCAUGGCACAGCUGCGUGCUAGUAUGGAAACAAUCAUCUCCAGUGAACCAUAUUGACUCUCUCAAGAAAUGAAAGCAAUAAGGACUUCGUCAGACCACCAUGCAGAACCAGGACUGAGGCAAUUGACUAACUAGGCCACACUUAGAAGGGUCCUGCUUAAUUAUGCAUACUCCUGCCCCUUGUCCCAGUCGCCACUAUUUAAACCUAAAGCUCAUGCGGGUACCGAAAAGAUGGACUUUGAGGUAUCAGUCCCUCUUCCCAAUGUGGUCACAUUGAAUAAAUCUCUCUCUCUCUCUGCAUGUCACUAUUACAUGUCUAAUUAAUGUUUUAGGGAUAGAUACCUAGCCCACCCUGUUAAGAAAACACGCAGCCACUCCUGAUGAGACCUAAUUGACUAGGAUCAGAAGGAAGGAAAAGAAGUCCUCCCCUAUCAGUGGACUUGGGGAAGGGCAUGCAUGCAGAGGGUGGAAGAAGGGAGGGAUGGGGAUGGGAGGAGGGAGAGAACCACAGAGGGGAUACAAAGUGAAUAAAGUGUAAUUAAUAAAGCAUUUUAAAAAAAGAAAAACAGUAAAAAAUUGGGACUUUAAAAAAAAGAAAAAAAAAGA